CAACAUCAACAUGUCGCAAAUACUUAUUGAAUUCAUCGCUUUAUGUUUGAUCUGCGUAGUCACAGGCAGCAAUGACAUUAAGGAUGAAGGCGACCGAGGAGCACAUAGCGACAGAGGGGCUCUUUGGUUUGGACCUAGACUUGGCAAACGUUCUUUAAAAUUAUCUAGCGAAGAUGAUAGACAAGCUUUCUUCAGACUAUUGGAAAGUGCGGACACUCUCAAAUACUAUUACGACCAGCUGCCAUACUAUGAAAGACAAGUUGACGAACCGGCCAAAGUGACGAAGAAGGUAAUCUUCACUCCCAAACUGGGAAGGAGUUUGGACGAUUCCACUCAAGAGAAGCGGGUUUACGAAAACUUCGAGUUCACCCCGCGGCUUGGUAGACGAAUCUCUGAGGACAUGCCUGCCACGCCUUCUGAUCAGGAAUAUCCAAUGUACCACCCAGACCCUGAGCAAAUCGAUACGAGGACCAGGUAUUUCUCUCCCAGACUUGGACGCACUCACUUCUCACCACGUCUCGGCAGGGAACUUAGUUAUGAUAUGCCGACGAAUGUCCGAGUGGCGCGAAGCACGAAUAAAACCUUGAACUAAGAACGUAAUAAUCACUCUGUGUACAAUGUUUUGGACGAAAUGUGUUAAUCUUAUGUAUAUUAAAAUACUGAUUAUUUA